AUGCGUGUCGUCUCCAGCAAGCAGCAGCACGAGGCCCGCCGCUCCAAACACGGCACGGCGCCUUGUGCGAUAGAACCCACGGCUGCCGUGCGCGCGCACAGCUCGACAGGGCGCGCAGCUCGAGAGCAGCAAGCGCGCGCAGGCGGCAGGACCGCGCCCGGCAGCGCAGCGACAGUCGCGACAGCUGAACGGCGGCGGAGGGCGAUGCGCGCAGCGGGCGGCGGGGGGUGCGAGGCGGGCUGGAUGGCGGAGAGCUCCCGUGAGGCUGGUGGUGAAAAACGCUGCGGCAGAGGAGCACUCACCAGGAUGACGAAGCAGAGCCGCAAUGCAUCAGAAACCUACGAACACCCGGGAAUCUCAGGAAAGAACAACUCCGGCAACGCAAGGGAAGACACGAGAGAGAGUCGCAACGGGAAAGAUGCUGUCGGAUGA